AUGAUUAUUUUAUUUUUUAUUGGGAUAUUAAAAGCCUCAUCAAACAAUUAUUGUUUUGAUUGCAAAACAUUUACUACUCCAUCUGAUUGUGAUUCACUAAUACCUUUAUGUUCUUGGACGCAAAAUAGUUGUGUUGAAGGAUAUGUUAAGCCAUAAAUUAAUCUCUAUGCAUAAUAAACAACUCUUUAUUGUUCAUAGAAUUUUGAGAGAUGUUCAUUAACUUAUGGCUGUUCAUUUUAUAAUGAUAUCUGUAUAAGAUUUUUAGGAUGUGAUGCGUAUUAGUCAUAUUCAGAUUAAGAUUGUAUAAGAAUAUCAUAUCUUUGUAUGUGGAAUGAUGAAAAGUAAGGAUGUAUUCGUAGUCCUUACUAUGAUAAUGAUGGAAAUGUUAUAAAAUAAAGAAUUUGUAAUGAAGCUCAUUAAAUAUGGAGAAGCAAGGAAGGCUGUCCUAAAUAUUCUAGCCAAUGUAUUUUUAAUGGAAUUUAAUGUACAGAAUAUUUAUCAAGUUGUAAUUAAUAUUCAACAACAAAAGAAACUUGUGAUUAAUUAAUAGGAGUAGAUGGAUUAUGUGAAUUUUAAAUUAAUUGUAAAGCUAAGACAUGUGGAAGUUAUAAUUCAGUUAAUUGCAUUUAAUAUAGAUCAGAUUGUUAUCUUGAUGAAUAAAGUAUAUGCUAAUAAAAAUAAAAAUGUGAAAAUAAUAAUGUUAGUAAGAAAUCAUAAUGUUUAAAUAAAAUAGAAUAAAAUUGUUAUUUUGAUGGAAGAACUUGUUCAUAAAAAUCUUUAAAAUUAUGUUCCGAAUAAUCUCAAGAAUUAUGUUAAGGCUCUGUAGGAAGAGAUGGAAUUUGCAUUUUAUAAAAUAAAAAAUGUAUAAAAUUAUAGUGUUAACAUGAUGAAAAUAAAUUAUAUUAAAAAAUGGAAAUAUUUGAUGAUUAUUGCUAAAAUUUAUAUAUAUGUGAAUAAUAAAAUAGUGGAUGUACUAAAAUUGAUUAAUAAUAAUGUUCUAAUAUUUUUAUAGUUUAAAAAGAUUGUCAAUGUUAAUAAUGUACACUUAAUAAAUAAGAAUGUAUUAAUGCUACUUCAUAAUAAGAAUGUAUAUAAUAUAAAUAAUUAAAUUCUAAUAUUCCAUGUUAUUGGAAUUAGGAUUAAAAUAUAUGUUUAUCAGCAACUAGGUGUUCAUAAUUAUAAAAUAAAUCUUCAUGUUAGAAAUUAAAACCAACUUGUGUUUUUCGAAAUAAUAUAUGUUAUGAUGUAUUAGAAUUUUCAUGCACUUAAAUUACUAAUGUUGAGAAAGGAGAGGGCAUUAUUGAGAAAUAUUGUUAAGAGAAUCGAGGUUGUUCGAUUCUUAGUAAUUAAUGUGUAAAUCUCUCAUUUGAAUGUGGAAGUUAUACAAGUUAUUCAACUUGUUUCAAAAAUUUAUAAAAUUAACCAUGUGUUUGGAAUUAAGAUAGAAGAUAAUGUUUGAGGUAUAGAGAGAGAGGAUUAUUAAAAAAAUAUGAAUGUGAAACUAUGAGUAAUUUAUGGACAUUUUAAGAUGAAAAUUGCCAAAUUAGAAAACAUUGUACUUUAUUAAACGAUACUUAAAUUGGUUUAGAAGGAAGUUGUUUAUAAUAUAGGUUUGAAUAACUUUAAUAAAUUAAGAAUAAUUGUUCUGAACUUGUUAGGGAAGAUUGUGAAAAUAUGUUUCAUAAUAAAUGUUAUUUCGAUUAAAAUUCGGCUUAAUGCAGAAAUCUUGAAUGUUCAAAUCUGAAUUAAACUUCAUGUAAACCAAUUAAAGGAUUUAAAAUCUAAGACUAUAAAUAUUGUAGAUUAUUUGGUGAAGUUUGUAUUGAAAUUUUGCCUAUGAAUGAAAAAGAUUGUAUAUUAUAUAGUGGAGGUUCUAAAUUCUUUAUAGAUAACUAUUGUGUAUCUUGUAAAUAAGAAAUUGAAUGUCAAUGGAAUUUCUAGUCAGAUUAAAGUGAAUUCUAAUCUCAGUUGUCUAUAAUAAUGAUUAUUUUUUAUAUUUUAAUAUUAUGAGUGAAGAUGUAAUUGUUAAAAAACUUAAACUAUCCAAUGGUAUUUAUUUUUAUUCACUUCAUUAAUAGCCAAUUUCGUUUUGUAAUAUGGUGAACCUAAAUUUGAUACAAAAUAAUUGAUGCAAAGUGAAGCACAAAGAAUUUUUAAUCAAUAUUCUCAAAUUGUUAAAGAUGAAAAAAGACCUUAAGUUUUUGGAUUUAUAAAUCAAUAAACAAAUGCAUUCUUAAAACGAAUAGAAGAACAUCGUCAAAUAUUGAAAUAACAAAUUGAAUUAUAAAUUAAGAUCUGUUAAGGAAAUAUUCUUCUACAAAAAGCCUUGCUUAGUUAUGAUUAAAAGAAAUGA